GUGUGGGUGGCUACAGGGAGAAGUGACGUCACAAGAGAGAAGGGCGGAAGUGGCCUCAGGCCGGGGAACAAGGCGGGUGGUGCGCGGGGAGAGUAGAAAAGGCACAGCGCCGGAAAUGGCGUAAAGGCCUAAGAGGAAGUGCCGCCUUGGUUAUAAAGUCUAUUUUUUUCCAGGUCCCUCCCCGUAGACGUCAUCACCCUGCGUCCGUCUGGUCCUCCCGGGAGGGCGGAGGAAGCUGCCGCUGUGGACUCUGUGAAAGAGAUACUAUCUCCCUUUUCAGUGGCAUCUCCGGAGAGCCAGACCUGGCUCAGAGCUGGGAGCUGACAUGUUGGUGCUGCCCCCAGGGCUGAGUGAGGAAGAAGAGGCAUUGCAGAAGAAAUUCAGCAAACUCAAGAAAAAGAAAAAAGCAUUAUUGGCUCUUAAGAAGCAGAGUAAUAGUAGCACAGCCAGCCAGGGGGGCGUCAAACGCUCUCUAUCAGAGCAACCCGUGGUAGACACAGCCACAGCAACAGAGCAGGCUAAACAGCUGGUAAAGUCAGGAGCCAUCAGUGCCAUUAAAGCUGAGACCAAGAAUUCAGGCUUCAAGCGGUCACGGACUCUAGAGGGGAAAUUGAAGGACCCAGAGAAGGGCCCAGCCCCUACUUUUCAACCAUUUCAGCGAAGCAUCUCAGCUGAUGAUGACUUGCAGGAGUCAUCCAGACGUCCCCAGAGGAAAUCUCUGUAUGAGAGCUUUGUUUCAUCCAGUGAUCGGCUUCGGGAACUAGGACCAGAUGGGGAGGAAUCAGAAGGUCCAGGGAGUGGUGAUGGCCCUCCCCGAAGCUUUGACUGGGGCUAUGAGGAACGAAGUGGUCCCCCUUCUUCAGCCUCCCCACCCCGAAGCCGAAGUCGAGAUCGCAGCCAUGAUAGAAACCGGGAUCGGGAUAGGGACCGGGAUCGAGACCGGGAUCGGGACAAGGACCGAGACCGGGACAGAGAACGUGAUCGAGACCGGGACAGGGAUCGAGACAGGGACAGGGACCGAGACCGGGAUCGUGACAGGGACCGAGAUCGGGACAGGGAUCGGGACAGGGACCGAGAGCGGGAUCGAGAGGGUCCUUUCCGAAGAUCUGAUUCAUUCCCUGAGUACCGAGGUCCACGUAAGGGGAACACACUGUAUGUAUCUGGAACAGAUAUGACACCCACCCUCCUUCGUGGAGCCUUCUCACCCUUUGGGAACAUCAUUGACCUUUCCAUGGACCCACCCCGAAACUGUGCCUUUGUCACCUAUGAGAAGAUGGAAUCAGCAGAUCAGGCGAUAGCCGAGCUCAACGGGACCAAGGUAGAAUCUGUGCAGCUCAAGGUUAGCAUUGCUCGUAAGCAGCCCAUGCUAGACGCUGCCACUGGCAAUUCUGUGUGGGGCUCCCUUGCUGUACAAAGCAGCCCUAAGGGCUGCCAUCGGGACAAGAGGACCCAGAUUGUCUACAACGAUGAUGUCUAUAAAGAAAACCUUGUGGAUGGGUUCUAGGCAGCUGGAAGAAUGGGAGAGGGAAAUCCCUCCUCUCCCCUCACCCCCCUCCAGGUCUCAGUAAAAACCACUGAGGUGGAUAUUCAGUUAA